AUUUCAUAAUAAUAUUCGAUAUUCUGCCCAAAUUUUUGAAUUGGUUCACAAAGUUAAAGAGAAUACGGUUUCCACAUAUUUACAAAAAAUAUGUUAAAAAGCAUAAUAUAGCGAUGACAACACAGUAUAAGAGAUUUACGAAGCUGAUAGCAAAGUGGCCUUUGGAUACUUCUAAGGGUGAAAGAGACCUCGGUAAACUUAUACGGGAUAAGGUUAAAAGCGCUUUUGAGUCUCCCGCCAACCAGGCUUUGGAUUCUGAAGUUUGCACCCAACAAUACGCCUCUUUGAACAAACUAGCAGAUAAUUACUACAAAAACAAAUACAAGAGAACAAGGCACAGUUCGGCGACUGGCCUGAACUCUGAAGAGUGUAACCUCGUUUUAUCGAAUGAAGUUCUAGAUUACUUAAAAGAAGAAAACAAAGGAUUCUUCCAAAAAAUCUUUAACAAAGAAUCAAAAUGAUACGAAGAUUUCAAUGCCUGCAAUCACACACCUGUUAUGCUUGAUGAAGUAAUUAAAUACCUAAAACCAGCAGACAAUGAAGUUUAUAUUGACAUGACAUUUGGAGCGGGAGGCCAUUCCACGAAAAUUUUGAAAUCUGCCAAUUGUAAAUUGAUCACAUUAGAUAGGGAUCCCAAUGCUUAUGAACGGGCCCAAAAACUAGCGGAGAAAUAUCCAAAUAGAGUGGUGCCACUUCUAGGUAGAUUUAGUGAGCUUCCCCAUCUAUUGAAGGACAAUGGCAUUAAGCAAUCAUCAAUUGAUGGUAUAUUAUUUGAUUUUGGAUGUUCAUCAAUGCAAUUGGACAAUGGAGAACGAGGAUUUUCUAUUAGCAAGAAUGGUCUGUUAGACAUGAGGAUGGACGCAGGACGAGAUCCAAACCAAAUAACUGCAAGGGAAGUACUAGCUACAGCCAAUGAGAAUGAACUGUACAAAAUAUUCAAAAUAUAUGGCGAAGAAAAGAAAGCUGCCAAAAUCGCGCAAACUAUCAUCCAAGCUAGAUAUAUGAUCAAGAACAUAGAUACGACUCAUGAAUUAGUAGAUAUUGUAGACUCUUGCUGUCCUAAUGAAUUCCGAUUGGAUAAACUACAACGUCCACAAUCAAACGCCACAAAGGUCUUUCAAGCUUUACGAAUUUUCGUAAAUAAUGAACUCAAUGAACUGAACUAUGGCAUGGUAUUAGCUAAGUAUUAUUUGAAACUGAACGGCCGGCUUAUCACCAUUUGCUUUCAUUCCCUUGAAGAUACUAUAGUUAAGCGACACAUUGCUGGUAAUAUAGUAAAUGAAACAGCUAAUCCAGUGCCAUUGAGGUACUUAAACCCUAUGCUAGUUCAAGAUCAAGAGACGAUAAAUAAUUUCCUAGAUACUCCAUGGAAAGCGUUAAAUAAACAUGUAGAUGUACCAACAGAGGAGGAAGUAGACAGGAAUCCAAGGAGUCGGAGUGCCAGAUUGAGAGCUGCAAUAAAAAUCAAGUAGUGUAUUGUUUUGUAGAUAAUAGUGUAGUAAAUGUUGAAAUAUGA